ACAGGCUGAAUCUGUUGCGGCAGCGGAGGCUAGAACAGGCCUGCGCCGGCAGCAGAGAGGAUCUCUUGGGCGGGGGAUGUGAGCGCUGAGCCCUUGGCAGGUACUGCGUGGCCAGGACCACGGGCGGCAAGGGUAGGGGAGGAGAAGUCGGUGGGGGAGUUAAGGGCUCCUCUGCAGGCCCCGACGCUCGCGCCGCUGGCCCCGCCAGGCCCAUUCCGUGGACCGGCAUACCAAAGCCCCGCGCGGGAGGUUGGGGUCCCGGCGCCCCAGCUCCGAAUCCCGCAGUCUUCUGCCCACACGGCGCGCAGACCGCGAUACCAAGGCCUUUGGGGCAGCUUCUCGCCCAAGGUCACCCUCGCGGCGGCGGAACUCCGCCGGCCACGGCGCUUAGAGAUCCCGCCCCCGUCCGUCCGCUGGCCUUUCGGGGCGUAGGGUGGGCGCGGCUUGACGGCCUCGGGUUCGAGCCACCAAUGCCUGAGGCCUGAAGAGCCGAGCUGGGAGAAAGACUGCGCCUGGACUUCGCUGAUCUGUUUAAGUAAAACAUUCAGCAACCCCUGUUGCUGUCUCUGUCACCUGUUGUAACCUGCCCUUUUUGUCUUUCAGCUAGGUCACUGUCAACCUGAUAUUUCUCUCCACUUUGUCUUUGUCGGGGUAUCUGGAUCCUGUUUUAUGUCUGUCUCCACCUUGCUUCUGUGUCUGUUCACCCUGUCUCUGCCACUCAGCCCUUACUCUAAUUCAGGGCCUGUCAGUCUGGCUUUUUGGCCAUCUGUCUGUUUCUCUCUUUCUGCCAACUUUGUUUUUGCCUCUUGUCUCUCUUUCCUGAGUUUGUCUGGGUGGGGCAGGGCUGCCCAGACCUCUGAGCCAUGGAAGGUGACUCAUGACCCCGUGAAGCUCCCUGCUACUGGUGACACUCUGAGUGACUCGACCGCAGUUUGGCCUCAGCUCUGACAGGUGUCGCCCAACAUAAGUGUCAGAGUGCAGGAGAGCCUGUCAGGGAGACAGGAGGCCCAUUUUAGGGCCAGAGCAGCUUGAUGAGUCCUCUCCUUUUCUCGCCUGUGGUUUUUCAGGCCUGUACAGCUUCCCAAAUCCCUUCGCUCCAUCCACUCACCACGGGAUGGUCUCCAGGGAUCUCUGGAGCCUGCUCUUUGAGUUACAGCUGUUUAACAGGCCUGUCUACAGGCUAAGAAAGGAUCAGACUGAGGUCUCUGGAGCUACUGGAACAGUAGCAGUGUUUCUGGGAUAACUGCAUGCUUAGUUCAGAGAUUGUGUCAGCAUUUUCAGUCAAAUUAUAAGAAACCUAAUAAUUGGGAAUUUAUUGUUUGCUUUACAAAAGUACCACGGGAGAAAUAAACCACACACAAAAGGACAAUGUUGUUUGAGAGCACUUAAAUGAAGUACCUAGAAUAAACCAAUUAAGAGACGGAAAGUAGAAUAGUUUACCAGGGGCUGGGGAGAGGAGUUAUUGCUUAAUGUUACAGAACAGAGUUUUGGGGGAUGAUGAAUAAGGUCUGGAAAUGGGUUGUGAUGAUUGCACAACAUUGUGAGUGUACUUCACUGAAUUUCAGGACUCUUAAAAAUACUUAAAAUUGUUAAAUCUUAAAGUUUUAUGUAUAUUUUAUACAAUACAAAAAACAAAAACAGUAUUCAUUAGAGACUCCUGAAAUCAAUAAGCUCCUUUUACAUGUAAUUUUUCAAAAUUCAUUCUGUAGUUGUUAGGAACACAGUUGAACCUGUGUUUAUUGAUUCCUACUCUCUUUACAGCAGUGGGUACAGCUGAGGUUCUUAGAAAAGUUUAGUUAAAUGAAUUUGGUUAAAAUCUUUCUCAGGCUUUCUACUUACCUUCUGCCCUGGCUGUCCUCCCUCUGCCUUUCUUGGAAUCAGUGCAAGAAUCUGCUCCUAAGUAGGAUACUUGAUAAUUAUGCUUUUCACAGGAAGAAAACUCAUAAGGUUGAAAAAUAGCCCUUUUAUUAUAAUGCAAAAUUAUGUGUUAUUUCUUGAGUUUUGUUAUAGGGGAUGCCUUUGUGGUUUUUUCGUUUUUUAAAAUCUCUUAUUUAAGCUGUCUAUUUACCUUUAAGGUAGUUUAUCAAGCUUUCUAAUAAGAUAUCACAACUGAAUUACUACUUUAUUUAAUUGAAUCCUAGAUGCUGUUAUUUCAUGUACCACCAAGGAAGAGAGAAACCCUGCUAAUUAAACUAUGGCUUAAUACACUCUUACCGUUUAGACUUUUUAUUAUUGAAAACACUUUUAGACUUAGACACUAAAACAUGGUAUCAAUGCCUAUUCUAAUGCUUAUAUACAAAGGAAAAAUAAGAAUACAUUGGUUAAAGUGUUCAUUAAACUUAACAUUCCAAGUUCUACUCUUCUGUGCUCUUUUCAAUUCAGAGUGUGUCCAUAUUUUUUCUAGAGUGUCAUCCUUUGUGUCAUCAAGAACAUUGAUGAGGACCUCAGCAGUUCUCUAUCAUUGUCUCAGGCAGUGACAGCUAUUAAAACUGCCACCUGGUGAUCACAUUCUGAUUUCAGGAAUUUUAAAAUGUGAAAAAAUGCAUGUCUGAAAAUUAAUUGAAGAGUAUCAUUUUCAUGAACUUUUCUUUUUUUUCCUUUGUUUUUGUUUUUGUUUUGUUUUGUUUUUUUGAGAUGGAGUCUCGCCCUGUCACCCAGGCUAGAGUACAGUGGUGCAAUCUCGGCUCACUGCAACCUCCACCUCCUGGGUUCAAGCGAUUCUCCUGCUUCAGCGUCCUGAGUAGCUGGGAUUACAGGCGCCUGCCACCACACACAGCUAAUUUUUGUAUUUUUAGUAGAGACAGAGUUUCACCAUGUUGGCCAGACUGGUCUCAAACUCCUGACUUCAAAUGAUCCACCUGCCUUGGCCUCCCAAAGUGCUGGAAUUACAGAAGUCAAUGUGAUUUUAAUUUGAAGCAAAACUGAAAUGGGUUCUUCUUCCUCAUUCUAUUCAUAUUGCUUUUCGAUGGCCAUGGCAUAAGGAACUUUAUCCCAGGAAUACAGCUUUGCAUUAGCACCGAACAAGAUUUGUGAUGAAAUGGAGCCUGGAACAAACUCUUUUCGGGUAGAAUUUCCUGAUUUUUCCAGCACCAUUCUACAGAAACUGAACCAGCAGCGCCAGCAAGGACAAUUAUGUGAUGUCUCCAUUGUUGUCCAAGGCCACAUUUUCCGGGCACACAAAGCCGUUCUUGCUGCCAGUUCACCCUACUUUUGUGACCAGGUACUCCUGAAAAACAGCAGGAGAAUUGUUUUGCCUGAUGUGAUGAACCCAAGAGUGUUUGAGAACAUUCUCCUAUCUAGUUAUACAGGACGUCUAGUAAUGCCCGCCCCAGAAAUUGUUAGUUACUUGACAGCGGCAAGCUUCCUCCAGAUGUGGCAUGUGGUAGACAAAUGCACUGAAGUUUUAGAGGGAAACCCUACAGUCCUUUGUCAGAAGCUAAAUCAUGGCAGUGACCACCAGUCACCAAGCAGCAGUAGUUAUAAUGGCCUGGUAGAGAGCUUUGAGCUGGGCUCCGGGGGUCAUACUGAUUUUCCCAAAGCCCAAGAACUGAGGGAUGGUGAAAAUGAAGAGGAGAGCACCAAAGACGAGCUGUCAUCCCAGCUCACUGAGCACGAAUACCUGCCCAGCAACUCAUCCACAGAGCAUGACCGCCUGAGCACGGAAAUGGCAAGCCAGGACGGGGAGGAGGGCGCCAGCGACAGCGCGGAGUUCCACUACACCCGGCCCAUGUACAGCAAGCCCAGCAUCAUGGCUCACAAACGCUGGAUCCACGUGAAGCCCGAGCGCUUAGAACAGGCUUGCGAGGGCAUGGAUGUGCACGCGACCUACGACGAGCACCAGGUCACAGAGUCCAUCAACACCGUGCAGACAGAGCACACGGUCCAGCCUUCGGGAGUGGAGGAGGACUUCCACAUCGGGGAGAAGAAAGUGGAAGCUGAGUUUGAUGAACAGGCUGAUGAAAGCAAUUAUGAUGAGCAGGUGGAUUUCUAUGGCUCUUCCAUGGAAGAGUUUUCCGGAGAGAGGUCAGAUGGGAAUCUAAUUGGGCACAGACAGGAGGCUGCCCUCGCAGCAGGCUACAGUGAGAAUAUUGAAAUGGUAACAGGGAUUAAAGAAGAAGCUUCCCACUUAGGAUUCUCAGCCACCGACAAGCUGUAUCCUUGUCAGUGUGGGAAAAGUUUCACUCACAAGAGUCAGAGAGAUCGGCACAUGAGCAUGCACCUCGGUCUUCGGCCUUACGGCUGUGGUGUCUGCGGUAAGAAAUUCAAAAUGAAGCACCAUCUUGUGGGCCACAUGAAAAUUCACACGGGCAUAAAGCCGUAUGAGUGUAAUAUCUGUGCAAAGAGGUUUAUGUGGAGGGACAGUUUCCACCGGCAUGUGACUUCUUGUACCAAGUCCUACGAAGCUGCAAAGGCUGAGCAGAAUACAACUGAGGCUAACUAAAAAUAGGAUCUGGCCCUUGAGUGGCAUGCACAAAAAUAAACUAUGGUAAUUAAUGCAAAUCUGGGCACAGAUGAUGCGUGCUACUUGCUAUUAUGAGAGAAGCUUAAAAAAAAAAGGAAGAUAUUUCUGAAAGACCAGCUCUAAGUAGGCCAAUUAAAAAAAUCUAAUUCCUCAAAUUUGUGUGUUUCAGUCCUGGCCUGGAAUGGGUAAUGGGGUGAGUUAACCCACCGCCCAGCUGGCAAGGGAAACCUUCUGACCGGUUGUGAUUGAAACAGGUGGACAGAGACACCUGCACUUGGAACUGGACUCCACCCUCCAGUUCCGUUUCGGGUGGCAGCAGCUUUGGAUCACUCAUUUUUACAAGGUCAUGCUGAAAUUUUAUUUUGCUCUUGCUAUAGAUACUUAGGUAAUGUGGAUUUGUUUUGGUAGCUAUUUCACUGAAGGAAGUGUUACUUAUAUAAAAGCUACAAAUAAUGUGAUUCCUAGGAUGAGAAAUUGGUUAACAGAGCUCUGUUGUCUGGUUUUAUUCUUGCUAAAGGAUAUUUUAACUAAAACUAUGGAGAUGCUAAGAGAGUGACUUUCUAAAUAUGAAACAGAUAACUUACGGUACAAGGCUGACAUAGUGCCCUUGUCAGUUUCUGUAAGACACCACUACUGUCGCAAGGUGUUUCAGACGCUUGAUAGGGCAGCGUUUUGUAUUUUAGUUCUAACAUUGAGUUUGGACAGUUGUAUCGAAUUGUAAUUCUCUAGGGUGCCAGAGAUUGGCAUUUCUCAUUGGUUUGCUUUCCCAAAUCCUGUUUGGUUAAUUGUAGCCUCUAUGCAGUGGGGUCUGCUCUGUGGCUGGUAGACACCAAGCUGCUGUGACUGACCACGGUACCACGGGCCGCCGCAGCCCCUGCUCUGUCUUAGAUUAUGGUGCUUUACAAAGAGGGUGGUCCAUGACCACACUUAGUGAGAAGGAGCCACAAGUUGUGGCUGAGAGUUCCCUGUGAACUUGAGUAGUUCAUAGAGUGCUAAGGUGACACUCCACCAACCAAAGUGAGAGGGCAGAUAGGCAGGAUUCUAUGAGUGGUUAUACUUAAGGGGGAAAAAACUGCCCAAGAAGAAUCUUGAAAAUACACUCUUUCAAGGUGGGGGAGAUACUCUUUAGAGGGUACACUGAGCUAAUACUGCCAGUUCUUUAUGAGCGCUGGAAUGUGUUUGUAAAAGGAGUCCUAAGUUUAGCAAGGUAGUCUACAGAAUCAUGCUCCCACAUUAUAGAUAAAGCUGCUUAAACUUACAAGUCCACAAAGCUACGCUGACCAGAAAAAAAAUUAAAAAAAACAAGAAAAGCAACUAUUCUGAGACCUUUUCUGCCCAUCAGUUAGAUGAUUUAGGUUAAAAAGAAAGGCGUAUUACACGUGCUUUUAAGCUGUGUAAUAUACCUGAGGUUAUCACCAGGGUAGGACAGGGUGCUACUACUAUGUCAUCUUUUCCACAAUCGUACUGGGUUAUUUACUUCUAAAUAGAAACUUUUUUUCCUUAAAAUAGAAAUAAUUUUUCUUGGAUUUGGGGUGAAAUUUUAUUUGAAAAGUUUGGCUUUGCUGUAAUGUAAUAGACAUUGCUGGCAAUGGCCUCUGAUCUCAAGCUCCUAACACCAGGGUGUUUACUUGUUGAACAUUUUCUGGAAAGAGGAAAGAAAAUACUUAUUUACCAGUUAACUCUUGUAAGCAAGAUUACAAACAGGGAUUUAUUCACAACACUGUAUCAUUCUCGAUAUAUAAAAAGCACUUUGUAUUUAAAACUUUAUUAUAAAUAUAUAUAUAUAUUGUUUUUUUUUAAACCUAGAAACUAGAUAUUACCUCUUGGUUGUUUGCCACAUUAAUAGCUUCUCUUAGUAUUGAAACGUUACUGGUUAGCAGUCUUUUCUCUGUGUACCUGACACGCGUAUACAGAGGGGACUGUACAGUCAAGCCUAUUGUCUCCUUUUCUUUCACUCAUGGUAGAGGCCAGUGGGUUUUAGGUAUGAUCCUAGCCAUUAUAUUUGAGGAGAAAUUGUUCUAUUACUCCUACUAAUUUCAGUACUAAGGUGGUGAUGCCAUUUUGUUCUGCCAAAAACUGAUCACCCUCUCCCAUGGUAUUAGCAGAGCAUUUUCUGCCUGUUUGGAAGGUUUGGUGUCCCGUUUCUCAUUGAAGACUAUUUACAUGAUCAUUAGGACAUUGCGGGAGAAGAGUCUGAGAGGUAAAAAUACAGAUACUCUGGGAGAGUCGUGGUCCUUCAGUUCUGCUGAAAUCAGCAUAGUGCCCUUGUCAUGAGGAAGAGUUUCUGUUCAGCCAAGAGUGGUGGCACGCUUGGGUGGUAGUUUUGGAAGCAGUCAGUUGUGCUAGGACUUAUUUAAUAUGUUGUGAAGAGAAGAGUGUCUUCUUGAAAGCCUUAUGUGUCCAUCAGCUACUAAAUGUAGAACUUAAGUAAGUUGCUCACAUCUGUUCUUUUAAGUUUUUUGUGGUAUUUGAGGUUUUGGCAAAAAUUGGGAUUUUUUUUUAUCAGGCAGCCAGAGCCUGUGAGGUGGUAGGGUGUCUGAAAUGCUGGCCGUGUUCAGAGAGGCAGGAGAAGGGGAUUGCUUUCAUUUGAAUAUUAAAAGUGAAUUUUUUGUAAACUCUGGUUUUUACCUUUUUUUCAUCCCCACCUUGGGUUGAAGGAAUAGUCUCUUCUCUUCACCUCAAUAUAGCUUUAGAAAAUCUUUAUCCUUCCUAAUGAGUUUGGAUAGUUGUGGGUAACAUUGUUCAAACAAUCUUUCAGGGAUCACAUCAAUGGCCUACAACCAAGCUAUUUGUCCCCUACUUUGAGUCUUAACUGUGGUUUUUCUUCAGUCCCCGUGGGAAAGGGCUUCAAGGCACCAUCAGUGGUAUUUAAUAUUCAUACUUGGGGCCAGGCACGGUGGCUCACGCCUGUAAUCCCAGCACUUUGGGAGGCCAAGAUGGGUGGAUCAUCUGAGGUCCUGUUCAUGACCGGCAUGACCAACAUAGUGAAACCCCAUUUCUACUAAAAAUACAAAAAUUAGCUGGGCGUGGUGGUACACACCUGUAAUCCCAGCUACUCAGGAGGCGGAGGCAGGAGAAUCACUUGAACCUGGGAGGCGGAGGUUGCAGUGAGCCACGAUUGCACCACCACACUCCAGCCUGCGCGACAGAGCGAGACUGUCUCAAAAAAAAAAAAAUUAAUACUUAUACCACGCUUUUACCUUUAGAUACACACAUUACAGUAAUCCACGUGGUGAAGUGCAUGUCACCGUUAACUAAGGAAGGACUGCGGUAACUUACCCUGCAGGACUGUGGGUUGCCUGCAGGCACUCCAGGGCCCCAGCCUGUUGAUUCCGACUUCUAGGUCUCAUCUUCCUCUGGUCCCUUUUGGCCACUACUUUAAAAGCUUGCCCAAAAGGAUCCCCUCCAUUCUAGUGGGCAUUUGCUGAACUAACCCGCCCCUAAGGCUGGCUUCUGACCACCAGGGAAAGCUGCUUAGCCUCCGGGGCUCCCUCCUUGAGAGGCUCACACACCCCCAAGCUGCUGUGGAAGUGAAUUUGAGACGGAGCAGAAGCUGCAAAGCUGUGCUUUCCCUGGGGAAGGGGAUGUGUUGCGGCCUCCUGGGUGGGCGUGGAGAGGGCGCCAUCACAACGAGUCCAGGUUUUUGCUUUUGGAAGGUCUCUGAUAAUUUAGGGAUGCUGGAAACCAGCACCGUGUUAUCCCCAGUCCCUUCCGUGCCACCAGUUUUGUGAUUUAGGUUGCUUUAGUGGGUGACUAACUUUUGUUCGUGAAACCAGGGUUUGUUUGGGGUUUUUUUCUUUGCUACUUACAUAUUUAAAGGUACAAGUUUCUUAUUUCAAAUCUCUACUGAUAGUGCCCUAUGGGGAAAUGCUGGAACACAUUUUGCAAAUGUGACUUUUUUUUUUUUAAUUUUUGCUUGAAGCCUGUGUUAUGUUAGUUGCUGCUGCCUUCUUUCCUUUUAUGAGGUUCCCAAUGUUUCGUCCAGAAAAGUACUUUAUUUAUGCAAGUCAGGUGACUCUUAGGCCACAAAACCAUUUGAUGAUAAACAGAUUAUCAUUAGGUGCAUAUCUUAUUGAUAUUUUGUGAAAUGUUAUGCCUAUGUUGCAAAAGUUGAAUAGUUUUGUCUUUAUAUAUUGCUGUCUUCAGUGUACAGCAUGAUUUUACUUAAUUGAAUGUUAAUGUUUAAUAUUUUCUUCUUAUAGAAGAGAUCAUGCUCUUUUGUAUGACAUGUUUUAAUAAAUGUUAUCUGUCAACUUUGUAAAA